CGCUCUAAUCAUACUUGGUGGACGGUGUGUGGCGUGUCGACGGCUCCAAGAACACUCCCGCAGGUACACGCCUCUCCCCCCUCUCUCUCUCUGACAUCUCCCGCCAUCACAACGUCAAGUCCCCUCGCUUGUUCCCGCCAAGAACAGAGGUUUACCGGAGAUCAAACGACCACACACACAAAAAGGAAGCCAACAAAGAAAGUUGCAGCAGCGACAAGAUCAAACAGUCACUUGUCUUCUCCCUCCGCCGCGGAGUCUUAAAUCCUGCUCGUCCUCCUGAACCUGCCGGCGUCACCCAGGCCGACGACGAGGAGGUUGUUGGCGCGUCACUCCGGCUGAAGGGAGACCCCAGCUGGUUCACCGUCGCUCUUGGACGCAGUCUUCCCAUCCGCGACACCUCGCCGCCCUCGCCGCCCCGCCAGCAGCCAUGGUCCGCGGUGUACCAAGUGUGGUGAUUGUGGUGGUGGGCCUCGCCCUCCUCACCAGCCAGGCUUGGGGCAGCUGUUCCCAGUUCGGGCACUCGUGCUUCGGUGCCCACGGCAAGAGAGACGGAGGGGAGCAGUACCCCCGCCAGCAGGAACCCUCCCCACUAUACCCCGAGGUCAACCCCCUCGCGGAGUUCGAAACCAGGCAGGACCUGCCCGUCGACGAAGUUCCAGCUGUCACCAACCGAGAAAUCGUCGCUAACGUCCGAAACUGGCUGGCCGUCCUCAGCCGCCGACUUCGUCAGAAGACGUCGUCUCAGGCGUCCCCCUCUGCGCAGUCCAUCGGCUACUUCAAGUAAACGUUCGUCUUUGUCGCCGUCGCCGCCAGCAGCAGAGCCUUCCUUCCUUCUUCCCUUUUCCUCCCCUACAGAAAAUGGACGUUCACUCUGAAAUCCCCGUUCGACGAUAUGAAAACAAACGUAAGGUUUAAUUAUUGACGUCCAUAGAACAACGAAGCGCGAGUUCUUGGAUGACACUGAGGUAGAAAACGGAGCCUGAUGUCGAUGACCGCACCAAGGGUAAACGACGGCAUCUUAGACCAAGACGCUGCAAGAAAACACUUCACAUUUUUAAUGGCGCUCAACAAACUAAAAGAGAGUACUGAAACAGUAUCCCUCAGUUAGCUGAUCUUACAUAAACCUCUUCUCACCAUUUUAAACUUAUUUAUUUUUGAAUUCUUGCAAAUGCUGGCAGGUGUAGCUUGCAGUAAGGACAAUCAUUGUUAAAAGGUUCCUUUAGUAUGGUUCUGGUAACAGAUACUCCACAACGCUGUAAGCAUAGAAGGUGUAGAUAAAACAUUACUGAUAUUUAUUUGGGGGUGGGGAGGGGGGGGGAUUCUGAUGCGCCUUAUGUUCACUCGUUAAAGUUAGGGCCGCCUGGGAUAUGUAUCAUGUAUUACACUUACACUCAUCCUUAUAACCUUUCUUCCCUCUAGGCUUCCUUGACCACUCUUUGCUCCUUUCUCCCUCAACCCUUAUAUGUCCCCCCCGCCCCCCUCUUCUCCUCCGUAUAAUCACCAGGGCUCUGUUUUCGUACAGAGGAAUAUUUCUCCUUUCUUUUUCUCCCUCCUUCCCUUCACCGCCUCCACUUCUUCGUUUUGUUACAUCUUCCUCUCUCUCCCUCUCUCUCUCUCUCCCCCCUUCCCACUUCUCACCCCCACCCUACAGCCUAGCCUGGAGAGUUGAGUGCGCCGUGUGGUGCCAAGUCAUGACAACCCACAUCACCUGAAGGAAUUGGUUGCCAGUAUGAUCGUCAGUUUGUGUGUGUACGGAUUGGUGUACGUGCACACUCACCUAGCUGUUCCUGCAGGAUCGACUUUCAUCUCUUGGACCCCACCUUUCCACCCAUCGGCUGUUGAAUGCAAAUACUAUCGACCAAACUUUCUAUCAUAUCUACAUUUAAAUUAUUAAUGAGGUUGGCUUCUAAAACUUCAUUGUUUAUUUCAUUCCAUAUUCCUACUCUUACGCUGAAAAUCUUUUCAGCCUCAUCUGUUACAAGCUUCCACUUACGCCCCCGCAAGAAACUGUGUGCGUUUAUGUGCGUGUGCGCGCGUGUGCGUGUGUGCGGGAGUGGGGGGAGGGGGGGGAGGGUAGAUGCUUGCUCACCUGGGGGGAGUGUACUCACCUAAUGUGCUUGCCAGGUGGAAUUAUGCUAGCCCCGCAUUCAGAAAGUUCUUAGAUUAAUGCAAAUACUCAUUUCUCACGCCUUUAUCAUAUUUACAAUGUGUGUGCGUGUGCGUGUGCGGGGGCGGGGGCGAGAGUUUCCCAGAGGUGUGGUGUUGGGUGGGGAACAAUGGCCGUCUGAUCAACAAUGACACUUGUCUGUCCUCCGUCUAAACUUCCUCAUCCCAACCCCGCUGUUCUCAGUCCUCUCACACUUCCAUCACUUCCUCCAAUGUUCAGGAAUGAAUGGCUGGUUUAUGACAAUUCUUCGAUAGAUAUGAAUUCCGACCGACACUUGCCACUCUUCCUCUCCACCACGUUCAUCACCGUAUCUACCGCCAUUAUUUCCAGCCCUCUCCACCACCAGCAGCAGCAGCAGCAGCAUCGCCGCUGUCACUACCCUCCUUCGCCUCUGUAGUUACUUUCCACCACCCACCACGUCUUGCUAAUUUCUCCACUACAACUAUACCACCGUCACUACUCUCAUUCAUGACCUCCCAUUUCGCUGCCCCUCCUUCCUCCAAUCAUUAUUACCUAAAUGAUGACAGGGUAACGUAUAUAUAUAUAUAUA